AAAUCGACAUUUGAGCAUUCCCAGAGUUCCCAGCCAAUUCCCAGCUGAUUCCCAGGGAGUAAUUCCCUCCUUUGAACUUGAAGCACAGCAAGUUCUUCUGCCUGGGAGCAACUUCCCUGCGGCGGGUUUUACCCUCUCCCGAAAGCCAAUUCGGCACAUUCCUUUGAAUAGAUUAGGGCGUCCUAUACACUGCUUUCAGCCCUCUCGGAAGGGCCCAAUAUCGUCUACGUUUGUCGGGCUACACGUAUUUGCACCAUGUAUCAAAACGGCGCCGAAUCCGACCCAGCGAACGCGGCGUCAUACGAUCAGGCAUACUAUGGAGGAGCCGCAGGGGACUGGAGUGGAUAUCAGUACUCAAGCGUGGAAGCUCCACCCGGGGUUGACCCUCAGAACCACGGCCUUGAAGAUGCCCCACCUGGAAUGGGAAGUGAUUGGCUGAUGCACGCUCAGCAAGCCGAGGUUACCCCAGUCACUUCAGAUGCACCAGGAGCCGCUGAACUUCAGCAAGAUCCGUCCGGGAAUGUUCCGGAAGUGAACAAUGGGACAUCUGCUCCAGAGUCGGACGCGGUGCAAGCGCAAGGAGAUCAAUCUCAGUAUCAGGGGUAUGACUAUACGGCAUACGCCGGCGCCUAUGGAUACUAUGACCCUAAUGCCGCUUAUUAUGGGAACGCCGCCGGCUAUAAUCAGUACGCUUCCAGUCAGGCCUAUGGGCAAAAUUUCUACACCGAUGCGUAUGCUGCAGCAUUAGCGGCACCCAAGGAGAUCCACAAUCCCUUUGAGAACCUUGGAAAGGAGACGGAGGCGAAACCCGACGUCAAGAAAGUGACUUCCAUCCGCCGGGGCGGGCCCCCGAAGAAGAAGAUUAUUCUGGCGGCACCCGCGAAGAAAGUGACGUCUGCCGUGUCUCCUGUCGUCCAGCAAAACUCAAACCUGGUCGGUGGACCAGUGGACGUCGCUACCACCGAUGUUGCACCCGUUGUUCCUCCCUCUUCCCACACAAAUGAGCCGACGAAGCUGAAUACGCAGCCCGCCGUGGCUUCUGUUAACGGAAACAAAAGUCCUGACAAGGGGAUACCGUCGCAAAAGCCACACGCUGAAGCCAGCAAUGGCAGGAAGGAGGUGAGUCCCGGUUGGCUUGGAUAUCGCUGCAUAAUCUCUGAUCAGAAUGGUGCCUCUGCUAUGUAGCGCUUGAGUUGGUGUGUGGGAGCAGGGUGAUUGCAAAGUUUGCGCUCACUGGGUCACAUUUGCAACGUGGCUAAUCAUGCUCUCG